CGCUCCCUCCUUUUUUUUUUUUUUUUUUUUUUUUCCUUUCCGCUUUCCCUGGAAGGCGCUCGGCGGCGCGGGGGCUCUGCCCGCGGGGCCGGCGCGGUGCGGGCUGCCCCGGUGGCGCGGGCAGGGCGCUGUCACGGCCCCGGAGUGUGAUGUCCAGGGUCAGAAAUGCCUUAUGUGGAUCGCCAGAAUCGCAUCUGUGGUUUCUUAGACAUUGAGGAAAAUGAGAAUAGUGGGAAAUUCCUGCGGCGGUACUUCAUCCUGGACACACAGGAGGACAACCUGGUGUGGUACAUGGAUAACCCACAGAAUCUUCCCUCUGGAUCUCCACCUGUUGGGGCCAUUAAACUUACCUAUAUUUCAAAGGUUAGCGAUGCAACUAAGCUGAGGCCAAAGGCAGAGUUCUGUUUUGUUAUGAAUGCAGGGAUGAGAAAAUACUUUCUACAAGCCAAUGAUCAGCAGGACCUAGUUGAAUGGGUAAAUGUUCUGAACAAAGCUACCAAAAUCACAGUACCAAAGCAGUCUGAUCCUCUCUGCCAAAUGGAUAAUGCAAACCGUCAGGCUGAAAGCCCAGGUGGAAAGAAGCAAGUCUCCUACAGGACAGAAAUUGUUGGUGGUGUUCCCAUCAUUACACCCACCCAGAAAGAAGAGGUCAGUGAGGGCAGUGAAGGGGCUGACAGGAAUUAUUUGAAGCGGUCACAAAGUCACCUUCCCUAUUUUGCUGCUAAGCAUCCCCCAGAUAAUGCCAUUAUCAAAGCUGGUUACUGUGUCAAACAGGGAGCAGUGAUGAAGAACUGGAAGAGAAGAUACUUUCAAUUAGAUGAAAACACAAUAGGAUAUUUCAAGUCUGAACUGGAAAAGGAACCCCUCAGGGUUAUACCACUUAAGGAGGUCCAUAAAGUUCAGGAAUGCAAACAGAGUGAUAUAAUGAUGAGAGACAAUCUCUUUGAAAUUGUAACAACUUCUCGAACCUUUUAUGUGCAGGCAGACAGCCCCGAGGACAUGCACAGCUGGAUCAAGGCCAUUUCUGGGGCCAUCGUAGCGCAGCGGGGACCGGGCAGAUCGGCGGCUUCCGAGCAUCCCGAGCCUUCUUCCGAACCCGGCCAUGCUGUCCGUCCUGCCGGCGCAGCCGCAGCCAGCUCACAUUCCACAGCCCCUCACGGCAGCCCUCUGGCCCCAGCCCCUCACCCCAAACCCCCUGCCUUGGAGAAGCGAGGAUUUCACGAGUCUUUUACCAAGGCCAAGCCAAGGAGCUACAAGAUCCAGGCUGUCGCUCCAAGAGAAUCAACUUCCAAAGUGACUGAACGGGGCCCUUGGGAACCCCGGAGCAAAAAUGGCACUCAGGAACAGGAUCCUGGCCUUGUGGAUCUGGAUGAUGCAAGCCUUCCAGUUAGUGAUGUGUAGGCAUGGAAGCGUUUGGAGAAUGAUCCAUUUGUUCGGUCCUUUAAUUUCCUUGCUGGGACUUUGAACCAAAGAAAAUUCCAGGAAAUGAGAACAAAAAAACAAAACAAAAAAAAAUACAAACCGGAGCACUGCUGUUAUAUAUAUGU